ACGUGUUUCAUCCACGUCAUUCAGUUUCCUCUUUCUUUCCGCGAAAGUGCGAAACAAACCUCUCUCUCUCUCUCUCUCUCUCGUGUUUGAUUUGAAGAUCAUUGUGACCUUAAUCAGUGAUUGAAUCAGGAUUUAGCCAUGGAGGACGAAGCAGGAAACGAAGGAGACGGGUACACAAUGAGCGAUUCACCUCUUGCACGAUGGAGAAUCGAAUUUUCCAAAUCGUUUCAGAAUUACCUCGACAGAUCGGCUCCACACCUCGUCCGAAGAUGGCUAGUAACGUUAAUCGCCGCCGUGAUCUACAUAUACAGAGUUUACUACGCUUACGGAUUCUUCGUCGUCUCGUAUGGUCUCGCGACGUACAUCUUAAACCUCUUGAUCGGUUUCCUCUCACCCAAAGUCGAUCCAGAGCUCGAAGCCUUGGAUCCUGCUUCUGCUUCGUCUGAGUCCAGUAAAGAUUCUGAUGAGUUCAAGCCGUUUGUUCGUCGUCUUCCUGAGUUCAAGUUCUGGUAUGCAGCUACUAAGGCUUUUGUUGUAGCGUUUGUGAUGACCUUCUUCUCGUUCUUGGAUGUGCCUGUGUUCUGGCCCAUCUUGCUUUGCUACUGGUUGUUUCUGUAUUUUCUCACUAUGAAACGACAAAUCGUGCACAUGAUCAAGUACAGAUACGUUCCUUUUGAUUUUAGAAAGAAGAGGUAUGAUGGAAAUGAUAAGCCUAGCAGCAGUAAUUCACCUCAAGGAGAUGAAAAUACGGCUCAGACGUGAAGCUUAGACCAGACCAUGGCUUGGUGCGUUUGGAGUUAUACGCCAAAUCACUGAUCCGAAUCACCUCACUGAAGCAGUAGAAGUGGAUAAUAUGCCAUCUUACUCGAAUACUAUAUAUUCUAGAGCUUGCUUUGAUUUCUUGUCACCAGAUCUGUAAAACUGCUCCUGGUUUUGUCUCUCUCCAUCCGAGCAAGUUCAGUAUGUAAAUGUUAUGAUAGUUGAUCGGAACUUCUCUGUUAACUCAGAUCAGGACUGAAUGUAACUUGUCCUUUAUUGAAUAGAUCAAAACAUGUUGAAGGA